UGCGUGCGUGCGUGUAGAGGGAGAGGACUUCCAGCCACACACACUGUCUGUCCCCUGUGCCAGGUGUCAAUUCCUUCCUCCAGCACGUUUUCUGUCCCACUCCUCAUCAGCUCCGCCUGCCAUCCUCUUCCCCAGGGGCUGCGCCCCCUGCCCGCCCCCGCCAGGACCCCGCCUUCUCGGUCAGGGCUGAGCUCUGGGCUGCGCGGAGCUGCGGACCCCAGGGCGGGGCAGGGUGGGGCUGGUUGGAGACCUGCCACUCACACCCCGAACCUCUGCAAGGCCCGGGAGGGGCGGGGUCUCCCGCCAGGUUAUUUGGGGCGUCCACUCUGCUUCCCCCCAGAAAGGCCGAAACUGCUUUCUGCAAGAUGGGUCUCUACCGCGUCCGCGUGUCCACUGGGUCGUCGUUCCACGCAGGUUCCCAAAACAAGGUGCAGCUCUGGCUGGUGGGCCAGCACGGGGAGGCGGCGCUCGGGUGGCGCCUGCGGCCGGCGCGGGGCAAGGAGACGGAAUUCAGUGUAGACGUGUCGGAGUACCUGGGGCCACUGCUGUUUGUGAAACUGCGCAAAUGGCACCUCCUUCAGGAUGACGCGUGGUUCUGCAACUGGAUCUCCGUGCAGGGCCCGGGAGCAAAUGGGGACGAAUUCAGGUUCCCCUGCUACCGCUGGGUGGAGGGCGACCGCAUCCUGAGCCUCCCCGAGGGCACUGCUCGCACAGUGGUCGAUGACCCUCAAGGCCUGUUCAAGAAACACAGGGAGGAGGAGCUGGCAGAGAGAAGGAAGCUGUAUCGGUGGGGUAACUGGAAGGAUGGGUUAAUUCUAAAUAUAGCCAGCACCAGCAUACAUGACCUCCCGGUGGACGAGAGAUUUCUGGAGGACAAAAGAAUUGACUUUGAGGCUUCACUGGCCAAGGGGCUGGCAGACCUAGCUGUCAAAGACUCUUUAAAUGUUCUGAUGAGCUGGAACAGCCUGGAUAACUUCAACAGGAUUUUCUGGUGUGGCCAGAGCAAGCUGGCUGAGCGGGUGCGGGACUCCUGGAAGGAGGAUGCCUUAUUUGGGUACCAGUUUCUCAAUGGCACGAACCCCAUGUUGCUGCGGCACUCCGUUGAGCUUCCUGCCCGCCUACAGUUCCCUCCAGGGAUGGAGGAGCUGCAGGCCCAGCUGGAGAAGGAGCUCCAGGGAGGGACCCUAUUUGAAGCUGACUUCUCCCUGCUGGAUGGGAUCAAGGCCAAUGUCAUCCUGUGUAGCCAGCAGUACCUGGCCGUCCCUCUGGUUAUGCUGAAACUGCAGCCUGAUGGAAAACUCUUGCCCAUGGUCAUCCAGCUCCAACUGCCCCGUGAGGGGUCCCCCCUGCCACCGCUUUUCCUGCCCACGGAUCCACCGAUGGUUUGGCUCCUGGCCAAAUGCUGGGUCCGCAGCUCGGACUUCCAGCUUCAUGAGCUGCACUCUCACCUCCUGAGGGGACACUUGAUGGCUGAGGUCAUCGCUGUGGCCACCAUGAGGUGCCUUCCAUCCAUACACCCUAUCUUCAAGCUUCUCAUUCCCCACUUCCGAUACACGAUGGAAAUUAACGUCCGGGCCAGGAAUGGGCUGGUCUCUGAUUUGGGAAUUUUUGACCAGGUGGUGAGCACAGGUGGGGGUGGCCACGUGGAGCUGCUCAGGCGAGCAGCAGCCUUGCUAACCUAUAGCUCAUUCUGCCCCCCUGAUGACCUGGCUGACCGGGGGCUCCUGGGAGUCGAGUCUUCUUUCUAUGCCCAAGAUGCCCUGCGGCUCUGGGAAGUCAUCUCUCGCUAUGUGGAGGGAAUUGUGAGUCUCCACUACAAGACGGAUGAGUCUGUGAAGGAGGAUCUUGAACUGCAGGCUUGGUGUCGAGAGUUCACUGAGAUUGGGCUGCUGGGGGCCCAGGACCGAGGGUUUCCUGUCUCCCUACAGUCCAAGGAGCAGCUCUGCCACUUUGCCACCAUGUGUAUCUUCACCUGCACUGGCCAGCACUCCUCCAACCACCUGGGCCAGCUGGACUGGUACGCGUGGGUCCCUAACGCGCCCUGCACGAUGCGGCUGCCCCCGCCGACCACCAAGGAUGCGACCCUGGAGACGGUGAUGGCAACCCUGCCCAACUUCCAUCAGGCUUCUCUCCAGAUGUCCAUCACUUGGCAGCUGGGCAGACGCCAGCCCACUAUGGUGGCUCUAGGUCAGCAUGAGGAGGAAUACUUUUCAGGCCCUGGGCCCAAGGCUGUGCUGAUGAAGUUCAGGGAGGAGCUGGCUGCCCUGGACAAGGAUAUCGAGAUCCGGAAUGCCAAGCUGGCCCUGCCCUACGAAUACCUGCGGCCCAGCCUGGUGGAAAACAGUGUGGCCAUCUGAGCAGCCCCAGCCUUGGGCUGUCUGAGCCCCUUCUGGCCAGGCCACCCCCCGUCCCUUCUUUAGCGCUUCCAGUUUGGCCCGCUCUAAACCCCACCCUCUUCCCAACUCGCACCCUCCCGAGAGAGUCGCCCUCUCACGGUCUGUGCCCACUGCAAGCGCAUUUUACUCUAGACGCACCACCCAGGGACCUCAUUCCCUUUCCUCCUUCCCCCUCCCUUCCUGCAUCCAGGCCUCCCAGAGGGCAGGUAAUAGCCGCAUUUAUUCGAAAGGAUCCAGAACAGAACAGGGUAACAGUACGUGUUACUCCCCACUUUUUAUGAGUCGACUAUGAUUUUGAACCUAAAGUGAGUGUAAUGACAAGAAAGAGGUAUUUCAGACUAAUGAAAGAAAAGACUUGCGGCCAGACUAUCCCACAUGGAGUAUUGGCAAAAGAAGAGAGAGCCCAGCUUUCUAACCAGAUGGGAUUCACCGCGUGUCCUGAAACCAGACACGACAUGAAGCAAACCAUUAACGCGGCAAGUCCUCGAGAUUUUCAUUCCGUGGCUCAGUAGAAAACGAUAAAUGGAAGAAAGCUGGUUCAGUGGCAGAAGCUGCUCCCAGCUGGAGGUAUUUGGCGUCAGGGUUUUGCCCAAGGGAUUCAGAACUAUAACUCACUUGUUGGCUUGGGGAAGCUCCCAAAUUAAAACGAUUUUACAAAUACUAAAAAAAUCUCAUUAUUUCAGAGUUCUUCAAUGGUGCAGUGGGUUGGGUCACUAUUGUGGUGUGGGUUCAAUCUCUGUGUGACCAAAAAAAAAAAAAGAAAAAAGAAAAGAAAACACCUCAUUAUUUUAAUAAGGGACAACAAAGGAAUAAUAAAAUCCAACUUCUGUAUCUGAUUAAAGUUUUGGACAAAU